CUGACGUACCUACAAAUACGUAAGCGGAACUUUGGUUGUAAACAAAUACGUAGACGGGAAAUGUUUUCGUCUGAACCAAAACAUGCAUAAAUACAGAGAAAACUCAUAACUUUCCGCACAUGUCAGGUCACACAAGACUGGAAUUAUUUAAUGAAGUGCCAUCUAGUUGCCAAAACAGGACAUUAUUUGGUGCUGCGGGCACGAAGAAACGAUUAGAGCAAGUAUGUCUCGGAAACAGACAGCGAAACCUGUGAAGAGCAAUAAAAAGGGCGAACUGGAGCGCAAGAGGGAUGAACGAGCAGCUCGCCGUGCCAUUGCAAAAGAUCGGAAGAACCGCCCUCAGGAUAACGACGAAGGGGCAGAGUAUGUCAGCUUCUCCAAUCAGCUCCAGGCACUCGGGCUAAAGCUGAGAGAAGUCCCAGGAGACGGGAACUGCCUGUUCAGAGCGCUCGGUGACCAGUUAGAGGGGCAUUCGCGGGGUCAUCUGCGGCUUCGCCAGGAGACCGUCCAGUACAUGAUGUCCCAUCGACAAGACUUUGAGCCUUUUGUUGAAGAUGAUGUUCCUUUUCCACAGCACUUGUCCAAUCUUGCCCAGUCCGGUACCUUUGCUGGCAAUGACGCUAUUGUAGCUUUUGCUCGUAGUCAGCAAGUGAAAGUGGUCAUUCAUCAGCUAAACGCCCCACUUUGGGAGAUAAAUGGUGUCGAGAAGCAAGCGUGUAGAGAGUUGCACAUCGCCUACCGAUAUGGAGAUCACUAUGACAGCGUGCGGCGAGUCGGAGACAACUCUGAGAGUCCUGCACAGCUACGCAUUGAGACCCUGCAGAAUUCCCACAGCCAGCAGCGUGUGUUUGGAGACGGUCAGAGGGAAACGCAAAAGAAACCCUUGCCGACAGCGUAUGAAGAGGAAAACGUGAUCCUGAGCUCCAUCAAGAACCGGGGAAUCCAGGGUGAUGAGGAGAACCUGCUGCAGCUAAGUGCAGCAACAAUAAAUGCUGAAUGGCUCGCUGGGUCGUCGCUUGGCCAGCUGUGCCAGGGCAAAUGCACAUCGGUGUCCUGUUCAACCUGCAGAGCCGAAGCCACAGACUGCAGUGAGCAUGACAAGCCUGGAGAGGGCAGCGACGUUCAAAAGCCCAAGCUUUCAAACAAGCAAAGAAAAGAGCAACAGCGGCUGGAAAAGAAGAAGCGCCAAGAGGAGAGGCAUCGGCAGAAGUUUCUUCAGAGUAAAGGAGGCCAGGACCAGAACCAGAACCUUCCAGACGCUGUGACUCUAGUACCGGCUCUCAACACUCUCAGUAUAUAAAACUGAGGCAUGGUCCAAUGUUCCAAACUGCAGCUUUUUCUACCAGUGGCUGUCUAGUUUUGCACAUAGCUAAAAUCAGAGAUCCUAUCACAGGGAACGUUUGUUUCUGAGUUGUUCUUUUUUUCUAAAAAAAAAAUAAAAAAAAAAAAAAUAUAUAUAUAUAUAUAGUUUCUCUACACAAACAGUUAAAUGGUGCCUGCAAAUCUGUGUGAGUGAGACACGUGAAAGUUAUUCAAAAGAACAUUAUGGAGUAUCAGUGUUUUCUGCUGUGUUUCGGUUGAAGUUCAGUUCUCGUUCUUGUUUGUAGAUCCUGCUCAGAUCUGAUCCACCUUCUACUCUGCCUCUCUCCUUUUCCUAUGCUGGAAGUCUGGCUUUCAGUGACAACCAUGCAGAUAAUCCGCUUUAAUUUAUCUUAAACUGAGUUGACAUUCAUUUAGGUUAUUCUGCUUGUAAUAAAACAGGGGAGAGAGGUAUUGUAAUGUAAGGAAUGUGGCAAUACUUGUUAAUAAAUGACAAAUUUACUGAUUCUACUGUAAGGAGACAUAAUGCAUAUUUAUCACAGAAGCUUGUAUAUUAACUAGUUUUUCAAAUUCACUCAAUGGUGUUAUAGUCCUCAAUCACUUUCAUUUUAGAAAGUUGCAAAAUGGGAAGUGUUGGAAAAUUCAUUUGUGAUUUCAUAAAGAAACCAAUUGUCAUCAAUUAUUCUGAGUAUUGCAAAAUGUACAAAUGUGUAUAAAGAUAUCUCAUGUGAAGGGGAAAAUUUGUGACUUUGACAGGAUUCUACUAACAAAUGCAUAAAAAUCCAGUUUAGUGCUUCUUAAGGAGUCUGUUCACACCAAGCUUGUGUUUGGACAAGCUUGGUGUCCAAAGCUCCAAAUGGGCACAAAUGAAAAAUAUUUUGGAGUAUUUUAUUCUUCAGGUCAGAGAACAGUCACUAUUUUAAUUUAGAUUUAUUUUUUGCAGGUGGAGUUGGCCGAGAAUAAGUGAAAAGUUUUUAUCUAAGUAUCAUAUACAUCAAUGUCAUAAUUUAAGGCUUUUAAAUAUCUAUUUAAACUGCUUUAUUUCAGUGUAGAUUGAUGCAACUGUCAUGAUUUCGAAAAAUCUUGCACACAGGUUUGAAUUUAUUGUGCAUUUCCUCCACAACAGAGACAAAAUUAUACACACCUUCACCCAUCUGGCUUUCCAUAGUCAUCAACAAGCUUCUGUACGGAGCCCCAAAAGGGACAUCGAAGGAACAAAUAAAAAAAAUAAACUUC